AUGGCAAGCUUCAUCUCCAAUUUGUUCCCAUCCUCUCAGGUAGGUAAACUUGAUAACACAAUAUCUUUACCGCCACCUGUUUCUUUCAAUGAAUGUCCGAACACACCAACUCGCAACAACUUCAUCACACCGCUAGCGACACCGCAGGGUAGCCCAAGCAAGAAUAGACACCCACCAGGGGCAAAUGAGCUACCUGUUGCCUUUGAAAAUGCUAUGAGGCUAUCGCCAAUUAACAGUAGUAGCCCUGUCAAAAACAAUCGAACACAGACACUAGCUCCGUUAUCUACAGUCAUAGGAAACACUCUCGCAGCCAACGAAACUUGCCCCAGCCCUAACACUAGUGAAAAACCUGUCACACCUUCAGAUUACCCUCAGAAAUCAUACGGAAAGGAAAAUACGCCAACUAACACUCGACCAAUUCAUGAUCUUAACCAAGCUGCAGUCUUUCGACAAGAAAUAUACCAUAGAGAGAUAAAUUCGCAUGCAGUUAAAAAGUACAGCACUCAUCGAGGCCUUAGUACCGAAGAACUCAAUAUCCUUCAAAAGCCGAACGUGAAAAGAUUAGCCAACGUCACCCAACUAUUAGACUUUCUAGAUUAUUAUUAUGACCUCUUAAGUUACGUUGGUUCUCGCCAAAACAGAUUAAGCCACUUCAAAUCUGAAUACCCUGAUCCGCCAGAAACAGCCGAAGAGACCUACACUCCUGCUUGGCAAAAGUAUAUCGGGAGAGAGCGAGCAAAUCUCAGGAAACGCCGAGUCCGACUCCGGCAAGGCGAUUUCCAAAUCCUAACGCAAGUCGGUCAAGGUGGAUACGGUCAGGUAUUUCUCGCACAGAAAAAAGAUACUCGCGAAGUAUGCGCUCUGAAAGUUAUGAGCAAGAAGUUGCUUUUUAAACUCGAUGAAGUUAGGCAUGUACUGACCGAACGUGACAUAUUGACCAGUGCAAAAAGUGAGUGGCUGGUCCGGCUGUUUUACUCCUUUCAAGAUGAGAAAAGUAUAUACUUGGCAAUGGAAUAUGUUCCUGGGGGUGAUUUUAGAACUUUACUCAACAACACUGGUGUUUUAGCCAACCGUCAUGUGCGCUUUUACAUAGCCGAAAUGUUCUGUUCAGUUGACGCUUUACAUCAACUCGGGUAUAUUCAUCGAGACCUGAAGCCCGAAAAUUUUCUUAUAGACUCAACCGGUCAUGUGAAGCUCACAGAUUUCGGAUUAGCAGCCGGCUUUCUUGCCCCAGGGAAAAUAGAAUCUAUGCGCGUGAAGCUAGAGAAGGUCGGUGAGACUAAUAAUCCAUUCGAUAGGCCAAUGCAUCAACGAACAGUCGCUGAACGUCGUGAGGGAUAUCGAACUAUGAGAGAUAGGGACGUCAAUUACGCAAAGUCAAUUGUUGGAUCUCCUGAUUAUAUGGCACCUGAAGUCCUCAAAGGAGAAGACUACGAAUUUUCAGUUGACUACUGGAGCCUCGGAUGCAUGCAAUUCGAGGCUCUAACUGGCUUUCCUCCAUUCGCAGGUGCCACCGUCGACGAGACUUGGAAGAACUUGAAACAUUGGAGAGACGUUCUGAGAAGGCCGGUAUGGGAAGACCCUAGCUACUUUAUCAGUAAUCGAACUUGGAAUUUUAUCACAAGUUGCAUAGCUUCGAAGAGCAAGCGUUUUACAUCUAUAAGUGAGGUUUUCAACCAUCAAUACUUUAGCGAGGUUGACUGGGAAACGCUACGGAAACAACGUGCUCCUUUUGUACCCGAAUUAGACUCUGAGACUGAUGCUGGUUACUUUGAUGAUUUUAGUAGCGAAGCUGAUAUGGCCAAGUACAAGGAAGUUCAUGAUAAGCAAACAGCACUGGAAAAUAUGGCCGACCGAGAAGAUCCAAUGAGUAAGAGCUUGUUUGUUGGCUUUACAUUCAGGCACCGAAAACCUCCCGCCGAUGACGCGACCAAGGAAAAAUAUAACAGAGCAUCUCUCUCUCAUGAAACGUUUGGAACGAUGUUAUGA